AUGGCUACGAUUGUUGCUCCUGAGAAGACGUCUCCUAUUGAUGAUGCCUAUGUUAUCAAAAAAUCAUGCAGAGGAUUAGGAACCGAUGAGUCAGCAAUAAUUUUAUUGUUGGGUCACCGAAAUGCAAGUCAAAUAAAGCUAAUUAAACAAGCUUAUCGAGAAGUAUAUCAGGAAGAUCUCAUCAAGCAGCUUAAAUGUGAAAUUUCAGGGGAUUUUGAGAAAGCAAUAUGCCAAUGGGUUAUCGAUCCUGUUGAUCGUGAUGCAAUUCUAAUCCAUGAGGCAUUGAAGAAAGCAAUACCUGAUUACAAUUUAGUAGCGGAGAUUGUGAGUAUCAAAUCACCUGAAGAACUCCUCACAGUUAAGCGUGCUUAUCACAAAAUCUACAAGCGCGCGCUUGAAGAAGAUGUUGCAGCUCACACCACUGGUAAAAUUAGAAAAUUUUUGGUGGGAAUUGUUAGCACAUACAAGUACCAUGGUGAUGAAAUUGAUGAGAUAGUAGCAUACUCAGAUGCAAAUACUCUUCGCGAUGAAAUUCAGGAUGAACAAUCUUUCCACGACGAGGUCACAAGAAUUAUCAGCACAAGGAGCAAGCAACAACUCUUGGCUACCUUCAAUCAGUUCAAGGACAUUCAUGGAACCUCCAUUUCAAGGGCUCUAAGAGGUGCACCAGAACAAGAAUUUUUUCAGACUGUAAGAGUGGCUGUUAAAUGCAUCAAAAAUCCUCAAAAGUACUUUGCUAAGAUCUUGCGCAAUGCGAUUGUUGGACUUGGAACGGAUGAAGAUGUUCUUACUCGUGUGAUUGUUACACGAGCAGAAAUCGACUUGAAAGAAAUAAAGGAAUUAUACUUGGAGAGGAACAACAUUUCCCUUGAUCAAGCUGUAGCUGGAGAUACUUCAGGAGAUUACAGAGCAUUUUUACUAACUUUGUUGGGAAGUGAUGGAUAUUGAGACCUUAAAUUAGAGCAUUUCUAAUAAAUAAGAACAUUAAGAAG